UGAAGGAGCUGAUCUCUCAGACGAUGGUCAGCUGGGCCCAGGAGUGUCACAUCCAGGACCCCGAGCUCGUCCGUAAGAUGUUCAGCCUGCUGAGGAGACAGUACGACAGCAUUGGUGAGCUACUCCGGGCCAUGAGGAAGGCCUACACCAUCAGCGCUGUCUCUGUGCAGGACACCAUCAACCUCCUGGCCUCCCUGGGGCAGAUCAGAUCUCUGCUGUCUGUUCGCAUGGGGAAAGAAGAGGAGAAGCUCAUGAUUGACGGACUCGGCGACAUCAUGAACAACAAGGUGUUCUACCAGCACCCUAACCUAAUGAGAAUCCUGGGCAUGCAUGAGACUGUCAUGGAGGUCAUGGUCAAUGUGCUCGGAGGAGACAAAUCCCAGGAAAUUGCCUUCCCCAAGAUGGUGGCCAGCUGUUGUCGCUUCCUGUGCUACUUCUGCCGGAUCAGCCGUCAGAACCAGAAGGCCAUGUUCGACCACCUCAGUUACCUGCUGGAGAACAGCAGCGUGGGCCUAGCUUCCCCAGCCAUGAGGGGCUCCACUCCUCUCGAUGUGGCUGCUUCCUCCGUGAUGGACAACAACGGCCUGGCUCUGGCACUGGAGGAACCUGAUCUAGACAAGGUGGUCACCUACCUGGCUGGAUGUGGUCUCCAGAGUUGCCCAAUGCUUCUUGCUAAAGGUUAUCCAGACAUAGGUUGGAACCCCAUAGAAGGAGAACGCUACCUUUCCUUCUUGCGGUUUGCCGUCUUCGUCAACGGUGAGAGUGUGGAGGAGAAUUCCAGUGUCGUGGUAAAGCUGCUCAUCCGUCGCCCCGAGUGUUUUGGACCGGCCCUGAGGGGAGAGGGAGGGAACGGCCUGUUGGCGGCCAUGAAGGAAGCCAUCAAGAUCUCCGAGACCCCGGCGUUGGACCUGCCGGGCUCCGUCCAGGGAUUCAGCUCUGACGUAUCUGCCGACGGGGAUGACGAGGAAGAAGUUGUUCACAUGGGAAACGCCAUUAUGUCCUUCUACUCUGCGCUUAUUGAUCUUUUGGGACGUUGCGCCCCAGAAAUGCAUCUCAUCAACAAGGGGAAAGGUGAAGCUCUGCGUAUCCGUGCAAUCCUGCGCUCUCUGGUGCCAACAGAGGACCUCGUUGGAAUUAUCAGCAUACCCCUCAAAAUGCCUGUCGUCAACAAAGACGUAUCGGUGACGGAGCCCGACAUGUCGGCCUGCUUUUGUCCGGACCACAAGGCCCCCAUGGUGCUGUUUCUGGACAGGGUGUACGGUGUUGAGGACCAGAGCUUUUUGCUUCACCUGCUUGAAGUGGGCUUUCUGCUCGACCUGAAGGCUGCGGCCUCUCUGGAUACGGAGGGGCUGUGCACCACGGAGACGGCCCUGGCCAUGAACCGCUACAUCGGCUCUGCCAUGCUGCCCCUCCUCACCCGCUGUGCCCCGCUCUUCGCCGGCACGGAGCACCACGCCAGCCUCCUCGACUCCACCCUCCACACCAUCUACCGCCUCUCCAAGGGCCGCUCGCUCACCAAGGCCCAGAGAGACGCCAUAGAGGAGUGUCUGCUGGCUGUCUGCAAACACCUUCGUCCCUCGAUGCUGCAGCAGCUCCUGCACCGCCUCGUCUUUGACGUGCCCUUGCUGACGGAAUACUGCAAGAUGCCGCUCAGGCUGCUGACCAACCACUAUGAGCAGAACUGGAAGUACUACUGCCUCCCGUCGGGCUGGGGCAGCUACGGCACCGCAUCGGAGGAUGAACUGCUGCUCACCAAGAAAAUCUUCUGGGGAGUGUUUGAUUCUCUGUCACAGAAGAAAUAUGACCCGGAGCUGUUUAAGAUGGCCAUGCCUUGCCUCAGUGCCAUAGCUGGAGCUUUGCCACCAGACUAUGUUGAUGCCUCCAUUAGUUCGACUGUGGAAAAGCCUGUUUCGGUGGAUGCUCAGGGCAACUUUGACCCCAAACCCAUCAAUACUGCUAACAUUGCUCUCCCGGAGAAGCUCGAGCACUUUGCCAACAAAUACGGCGAGCACUCUCAUGAGAAAUGGUCUGCAGAGAAGGUGCUGCUGGGAUGGAAAUACGGAGACUGUGUCGACGAGAAGGCCAAGACCCAUCCUCAGCUUAGGACCUACAAGGCUCUAACAGAGAAGGAGAAGGAGAUUUACAGAUGGCCAAUCAGAGAGUCCCUGAAGAGCAUGCUGGCAAUGAGCUGGAGCAUCGACAGGACCAAGGAUGGAGAGAGCAUGUCUCUGCAGAGGGAGAACGAGAAAAUGAGGAAGAUAUCUCAGACCUCACAGGCAAAUGGGUUCAAUCCGAGUCCGAUAGACACCAGCACCGUGGUUCUAUCCAGGGAGCUGCAGGGGAUGGUGGAGAUAGUGGCUGAAAAUUACCAUAACAUCUGGGCCAAAAAGAAGAAAAGUGACCUUGGAAGCAGAGGUGGAGGAACACACCCUCUGCUGGUGCCCUACGACACCCUGACAGCCAAGGAGAAGGCUCGUGAUCGAGAGAAGGCUCAGGACUUUUUCCGCUUCCUGCAAAUCAAUGGCUACAGCGUCACAAGAGGAUUGAAGGACCUGGAGCAGGAUUCUUCGUCCAUGGAGAAGAGGUUCGCCUAUCGCUUCCUCAAGAAGCUGCUCAAGUAUGUCGACUCAGCGCAGGAGUUCAUCUCCCAUCUAGAGUCCAUGGCUGCCAAUGGAAAAACCGACAGGUCCCCUCAUGAACAAGAAAUCAAGUUUUUUGCCAAAGUUCUACUCCCCCUCAUCGACCAGUACUUCAAGAACCACUCGCUCUACUUCCUCUCCUCCCCUAGUAGGAGCCUGAGCAGCAGCGGCUACGCCUCCAACAAGGAGAAGGAGAUGGUCACCAGGUAG